AUGUCAUCAGCUACUAGUAACACCGCAGGGACUGGAUCUCCCGCUGCGUCAGCAGGGUCCUCGUCUUCUUCUUCUUCUCCUUCGUCAUCGUCAGCAGCUACAACCACGGGUUCGUCGUCGGCAAAUUCGGGUUCUUGGACGUCGUUUUUGAAGUCGAUUGCUUCGUUCAAUGGUGAUUUGUCGUCGUUGACGGCGCCGCCCUUUAUUCUUUCGCCGACUUCGUUGGUGGAGUAUUCACAGUACUGGGCGGAGCACCCCGACUUGUUGGUGGCGGCUAACCAAUUGCCAACGCCGGAGCAAGCUUCAUCGAGCACUGCGGAGGCAAUGGCGUUGAAGAGAGCCAUUGCUGUGACCAAGUGGUUUAUAUCCACAUUGAAAUCUCAGUACUGCUCCAGAAACGAGAGCAUGGGUAGCGAGAAAAAGCCGUUGAAUCCAUUUCUUGGUGAAGUGUUUGUGGGCAAGUGGGAGACUGGUGGCGAUGUUGGCGAAACCAUCUUGGCUAGUGAGCAAGUGAGCCAUCAUCCACCGGUUACUGCUUAUGCUGUUGCCAACGGCAAGAAUAACGUGGUGUUGCAAGGUUAUAACGGCAUCACUUCGAGCAUCUCAACCACCUCCAUCAACAUCAAGCAGUACGGACAUGCCUUGUUGAACUAUCAAGAUUUAAAAGAGACUUAUUUGGUUACCUUACCACCAUUGCAUAUUGAAGGCUUGAUCACGGCAGCGCCAUUUGUGGAAUUGGAGGGAACGUCAUAUAUUCAAGCCUCGAAUGGAUUUUACACUGUUAUCGAGUAUAGUGGUAGAGGCUGGGUAUCUGGCAAGAAAAACACUUUUAAAGCAAGAAUCUUUCGUGAUCAGUUAUCAAGCGCCAACAAGGAAAACGCCAGUGUAACCAUCAGUGGCCAGUGGUCUGGCAAAUCGUAUAUUGGCAAGGGCGGCUCAACGCCACACUCCAAAAGUUCGGAAUUAUUCUACGAUGCCAAUGCACAGCCAUCUGAACAUUUGAUUGUUAAACCAAUAGAGGAACAAGAACCAACCGAGUCAAGAAGAGCAUGGGAGAAAGUUGCCGAGGCAAUUAGGAAAUCCGAUUACAAUUUGAUCCACGAAGAAAAAUCCAAGAUUGAAAAUGAGCAAAGAGAGUUGAGGAAAAAAGAGCGCGAAACUGGACACCAAUGGCACACCAGAUGGUUUGACCAAAAGGAUUACAGCAACCCUGAAGGCAAAACCGAUACCAAUCUUGAAACUCCUGACCCAUUCACCAACUUGACCAAUUUGGCGAAUUUGUCCAUUCACAAUGCACCGCUGGGCUCAUUGAAGAAAUCGAAAUACGACCAUGGCGAAUCCAAGCAUUGGAGAUUCAACUUGGAUAAAUGGAAACAAGACGGCAUGAAAAUUUAA